CUUACCAAUAAUAGCGUUUUGCUUCUUUGCACGCAAUGAAAACCACUAUGCACGCAUUUCUGAAAUAAAUAUUUGCUAUUUAAUAAAGAAAAAACAAAAAAUCUCCAACACUUAUAUAUAAUCUUCCAAAUUUGGCAAAAAGGUUCAAGAAUCAUCUGAAGGACUAAAUUAUAUACUACAAUAUUCUAUGAAUGAAAGCUUCUAUUCUAGAUUUUAGGAAGGGGCCAGGGGCGAUUGUCAGCACGGACCGCUAUCAAACAUAUACUCCACGCGGUGGCAUGUCGGUGUGUGGUAGGUACUUAUCCAAUUGACAGUGCCCCCGUCUGACAUAGUUCAGUCGUCGACGAACUGAAGAUGAUCUGACUGCGUUUCUACCAACAGUGAUGUUUUUGCGAUUCUAUUCUUCUGAUGAAUUACGUUCUUCUACCGUGUGCUUCUUCUAAUCAUAUAAACACAUCAUAUCAAAAAUAAAUAGUGAAGGGAAGAUUGAAAUAUUGACACAUAAAAAAUCGACAUAAUGAUUCCUGUAAACGUGUCCAGAGACAUCGUGUUUUGGUUUACUGGUCUAGUGAGAACAAACAACGCGGUCAAGGUUGAUCGUUGUCAGUGAACCAAUUCUUUUUCUGGCUAUCAAUAGACGAGCUGUGAAAUCGGUUGACCCGACAGCUUCCUUUUGGAAUAAACAUAUAUUCAACGUGAGGAGAAAUGCGAGUGAAUCAAUGCAAUUGACAUGGCAGCCGACUUGUAUGCGAAUGGAUCUGUGAAGUCAACGUCCGACAGUUUCAAAAUAUUUAAAAAAUAAAAAUCACCAUCUCGCAAGAAUGUAUAUAAUAAGAAUUGCGGGCAACAUGAGGCAACAUAAGACAGGCACGCUUGGCGCCGCGGCGCCUAUAUCUACAGAGGAGGAACGAUUGAAAUUUCAAGACAACAGGUUCUUAACGACAUUAGUUCUUGGUAGAAAUAGAAAAAUUUCACCAGAGAUUCUACCUUCCUGUUCACCGGGGAUAUUCCGACAAAAAUCAUUCCGCGCCUCAACUCCGCCGAAAAACGCGAAUAUACCUGCGGCAAAUAACCAUCGCGCAAGCGUCGAUACGAGAGGUCCACGUGAGCCUAAAACACCUAACAGUAGCACACGUUUAAAGAGCGGUGUGUUACUACUUGCGCGGGGCGCCCGAAAUACCAGCAAGCACGCACGUUUUGGUACAGCACUGGCGAACAAAAUGGCGUCCUCGAGCUCCACCACGGUUGUGCAGGGCUGGCCGAACACCAAGGACGACUAUGAGCUGAAAGAGGUUAUUGGCGUAGGUGCCACUGCUGUAGUACAUGCAGCAUUUUGCAUUCCACGGCAAGAAAAAUGUGCGAUCAAAAGAAUAAACUUAGAAAAAUGGAACACAAGCAUGGAUGAACUUUUGAAAGAAAUACAGGCAAUGUCCUCCUGCAAUCACGAAAAUGUAGUCACGUAUUAUACGUCAUUUGUCGUAAAAGAGGAGCUUUGGCUUGUUUUGAGGUUGCUAGAGGGUGGAUCUCUAUUGGACAUUAUCAAACACAAAACGAGAACUACAAAUUGUAAACAUGGAGUAUUUGAUGAAGCUACAAUAGCGACAGUCCUACGAGAAGUGCUUAAAGGCCUCGAAUAUUUUCACAGUAAUGGGCAAAUACAUAGGGACAUAAAAGCCGGUAAUAUCCUACUAGGAGAAGAUGGCACUGUACAGAUAGCUGACUUUGGUGUUAGUGCCUGGUUAGCAACUGGUCGAGAUUUGAGCAGACAGAAAGUUAGACAUACAUUUGUGGGCACACCUUGUUGGAUGGCACCUGAGGUCAUGGAGCAGGUGAGAGAGGACCAUGGUUAUGAUUUCAAAGCAGAUAUUUGGUCACUUGGCAUCACUGCCAUUGAGAUGGCUAGUGGCACUGCUCCAUAUCAUAAGUAUCCACCAAUGAAAGUGCUCAUGUUGACCUUACAAAAUGAUCCACCAACUUUAGAUACUGCUGCUGAUGAUAAAGAUCAAUAUAAAGCUUAUGGCAAAACAUUCCGAAAAAUGAUCGUCGAUUGUUUGCAAAAAGAUCCGACAAAAAGACCAACAGCAACGGAACUGCUGAAACAUCCAUUUUUCAAGAAAGCAAAAGAUAAAAAAUAUUUACAACAGACUUUGGUAGCUUGUGGUCCUAGUCUUGAAACUCGAGUGCAAAAGGCUUCGAAAAGACAACCUGGCACGUCGGGACGUUUACACAGAACAGUUACAGGAGAAUGGGUUUGGUCUUCAGAAGAAGAAGAUAGUGUGUCUAGUGGUGAUGAAAGUAAAGAGGCUUUGCCAGUUAAUACAAUUGAAAAUGUAUCUACUAGUGAUGAAGAGGAGGAAGAAUUUUUUGGACAAUUGAAAUCAGCACAAAGCCAUAUUGUUGUGCAGCAUGAACCAAGUAUUCCUAUAAAUUUGGUGUUGAGAUUACGUAACCAUAAGCGAGAGCUUAACGAUAUUAGAUUUGAAUUUGCUGUUGGAGUGGAUUCUGCCGAAGGAAUUGCAGCAGAAUUAGUUGGUGCAGGAUUGGUUGAUGGCAAAGAUAUCGUUGUGAUAGCAGCGAAUUUACAAAAACUCAUAGACAGUGCCGGCCAGUUACGAACAGUAACGUUUUCAUUGAAUUCUGGUCAUGCACCCAAUGAAGUACCAGAUGAUAAAGCAUUAAUAGGAUUUGCUCAAAUUUCCAUCACUGAUUAAAACAACAUAUAGAAAUUUUUGAAGUUUCACAGAAUAUUGUUAUUAGGAAUCAGUUCAGAGAAUGGAAAGUAUCAAAAGCUGAUCGAUUCUUUCGAUAUUUGAAAAUAAUUUUUAAAAAAUUAAUAAUUCAAAAUAAACAUUUUCUAUUGGUUUUUCUUUUUCAUAGCUUUUGCUACUUUCACUUUAUCAAAGUUUUAACAUAAAGCAAAAAGAAUACAAAAUAUAGAUAUUGAAUAGAAUUCAUUUACGAAUGAACUGCUUGAAUGUAUAUUCAAAGCUGCAUACAGAUAAGAGUUUUUAAAAAAAAAAAUCGUUUGAAGAUCUUUAUUGCUGAAUAGAAAAUAGAAUCAUUAUAAAAGUUGAUAUUAAUAGACAAGAAAACUGACCGAAAUUAAUCAGAGUUAUUUGUAAACUCUGUUAGUUAUUCAAUUCUGAACUCUUAU